AUGGCGGAAAUGCAUGCUACACUGUCUCUCUGGGUUUCUUUUUUAAUGGCGGGGAUACUCAUCGGCUCUUUGCAGGGUCACCCCCAUGAGGAGGAAGUGGAACACGCCGUAGAUCAUGAGUCCCAUCUGUAUUACCACCUCUUAGAUCACUAUGUCCGAGAUAUCCGGCCUGCGGCUAAUGACACGGAUCCCGUCCGAGUGGCCGUCAAACUCAGCAUUCUCAAUCUGGACGGUCCGGAGUUCCAGCCAGCAGAGGUCGGCAAUGGCCCAUUUCCCACUGUCAUACUUCUCCUUCUGGUUGGGACAGUUGCAGGGACAGCAGUAUUAGUUGUGUUGUUGCUUUUUGAAAUCCUGAACUCUGGCCACGGUCCAGAUGAGGCAGCCGCCAUCACACACAAGGGUGACGUCAGCGUGAUGCACACUGAGAAAGCACACCUCACGUGCACGCCCGUGAAUCCUGGUCACUUCCCAUCGGACUCGCUGAGGUGUGACGUCACGCUUAUGUCAACAUCAUACAACAGCAAGGAAUUAAAGCUCGUGCUGGAUGCGUACCAGACUAUGGAAGAGGCUUACGAUGUCAGCAUGGCCGCUCCGGAAACAGGGUGGAGGCUGGACAAAGAGGGCACUGAGUUUGUGGUCCAAGUGAAAGGUGCCCGGAUCUCCGGUUCCGGUCACCCCGGAAUUAAAAUCUCUUUGGUGUUCCACAGAGAACGAAACUUUUACUGGAACCUAUGUGUUAUUCCGGCAGCAUUUUUGGCCUUUCUAAUCCCCCUGGAGUUUAUCCUUCCUCCAGGCUCAAAUACAAAAGCUAUCAUGGGCGUGGUGAUAGCCUUGGGUGAAAUCAUCGUGUUAGCUGAGCUCAGUACAGCUUGGGCGGGAGGGGCAUCAAUAAUCCCAAACGCAGGAUUGUUCUGUGUCUCCUCCAUCGUCGUGUCCUGUUUGGCCGCCAUCUUGUCCGCACUGUUGAACUCCUUGACCCCCAGUGGAAGUCGCUACAAGGAUGUGCCCCACUGGCUCAGAUCGCUGUGCUUCGGUCGGUGCGGAAUUCGACGCUUUGUUUGCCUGGAUGCUUACUCCCCUGUUGGAGCUUCGUCUCGCAUGGAAGGCUUUCACCGCAAGAAUGGUGCCAUUUUCAUCGACCCCGAACCGAUGGCGGUCACAGAUCAAGGAACGAGACCAGCCCAGGAUGCAGUUCAACCGGAAGUGCUCAAAGACCUUCACUCAUUGGUUACCAGGCUCACUGCAGACGACAUGACAAAGCGCGUGACUGAGGAAUGGCAAGAAGUAGUGCGGGUUUUGGAGCGAAUGUUCUUUGUUAUCUUUUCUCUACUGGUUUUAGCUACAGCAUUUGCCUUUCUGUUCUAA